CCGGGCUCUGCUUCGGUCCCUAAUCGGGCGGCGGCUUCGGGCGGCCUCGGCCCGGCUCGGGCGGCCUCUUCGGGCCCCGCUUCGGGCGGCCCCGGACGGCCGGCAGGAGGCGAGGCAGAGGAACCGGUGCUGAGCAGAGACGAGGACUCAGAGGAAGACGCAGACUCCGAGGCGGAGCGCGAGGCGCGGCGGGUCACGGCCGUGGCGGUGAUGGCGGCGGAGCCCGCGCACAUGGACAUGGGCACCGAGGCCCUGCCUGGGCCCGACGAGGCCGCCGCUGCCGCCGCCGCCUUCGCAGAAGUGACCACUGUGACGGUAGCCAAUAUGGGGGCCUCUGCAGACAAUGUCUUCACGACGUCGGUGGCGAACGCUGCAUCCAUCUCAGGACACGUCCUGUCUGGCAGGACCGCACUGCAGAUUGGGGACAGCCUGAACACCGAGAAGGCCACGCUGAUUGUUGUCCAUACAGAUGGGAGCAUUGUGGAGACCACCGGCCUGAAGGGUCCAGCAGCCCCUCUCACCCCAGGCCCUCAGUCCCCUCCGACCCCGCUGGCUCCUGGCCCGGAAAAAGGAGCCACCAAGUACAACUGGGACCCGUCGGUGUAUGACAGCGAGCUGCCUGUGCGCUGCCGGAACAUCAGUGGCACGCUUUACAAAAGCAGGCUGGGCUCAGGGGGCCGGGGGCGCUGCAUUAAGCAGGGGGAGAACUGGUACAGCCCAACGGAGUUUGAGGCCAUGGCAGGAAGAGCCAGCAGCAAGGACUGGAAAAGAAGCAUCCGUUACGCGGGCCGGCCGCUGCAGUGCCUCAUCCAGGAUGGGAUCUUGAACCCCCAUGCAGCCUCUUGCACCUGCGCAGCCUGCUGUGAUGACAUGACCCUGAGCGGCCCGGUCCGACUCUUCGUGCCCUACAAGAGGCGAAAGAAGGAAAAUGAGCUGCCCACACCACCGCUGAAAAAGGACUCUCCCAAGAACAUCACGCUGCUCCCGGCCACCGCUGCCACCACCUUCACUGUGACACCCUCGGGGCAGAUCACCACGUCUGGGGCUCUGACUUUUGACCGCGCAUCCACUGUGGAGGCCACUGCCGUCAUCUCAGAGAGCCCAGCCCAGGGUGAUGUCUUCACGGGAGCCACAGUGCAGGAGGCCGGCGUGCAGCCUCCUUGCCGGGUCGGCCACCCCGAACCCCACUACCCCGGCUACCAGGACAGCUGCCAGAUCGCGCCCUUUCCUGAGGCUGCACUGCCCACGUCACACCCCAAGAUAGUGCUCACGUCCCUGCCCGCCCUGGCCGUCCCGCCCUCCACCCCCACCAAGCCUGUCUCCCCGGCGUCUCUCAAUGGGCUGGAGAUGACGGAGCCUCGGAGCUGGCUCUACCUGGAAGAGAUGGUCAACAAUUUGCUUAACACAGCGCAGCAGCUGAAGACACUGUUUGAACAGGCCAAGCAGGCCAGCACUUGCCGGGAGGCCGCCGCGACACAAGCCAGGAUGCAGGCUGACACAGAGCGGAAGGAGCAGUCGUGCGUGAACUGUGGCCGGGAGGCCCUGAGCGAGUGCACUGGCUGCCACAAGGUCAACUACUGCUCCACGUUCUGCCAGCGCAAGGUGCUGUCCCACCCCCUGCUACGUGGCUGUUGUCCUUACCUCCUCACAGGACUGGAAAGACCACCAGCAUGUGUGUGGUCAGUCGGCAGCCGUCACCGUCCAGGCUGACGAGGUCCACGUGAGCGACAGUGUGGUCGAGAAGGUCACCGUGUGAGCCAGGCACUACUCUGCCUCCCACAAGGCCGGAGGCCCUGUGGACCGUGCGACGUGGAGGGGACCAGCAGGAAGCAGCUGGUGGACGGGUUCCCGCAAGCUCCAAGCCACGGCACCCUUGCACAUGGGCUCCCCACCCGGAACGCCUGGACGGGACAGACCAGGUCCCCACCCCUCACGGUGCUCUCACCUGGAUCGUGGGCAUGCGGUCCCCACGGUGUCCCUGUGCUGCAACACGUGUACAUACGUGCUGUGUCUGUUGAUAAAGUUGUAAAUAAAGUCCCCACCCGACCCAGCGCCUGAUUCAGGCUCAGACAGCCA